CUUCAUUGUGCUGGAACUUUUCAGCUAGUCACUGGUUACGGUACCGACCCAAAGAUCACGCGAAGUGUAGAGAAAUUUGAUUGGUAUAUCGUACCCGAAGCGAAUCCAGACGGGAUACGAGUACAGCCGGCUAUCGGUAAGUCGCUUUACGUGUAUGACCGACUUUGGCGCAAGACCCGGUCAAGGAACACUACGGUCAACAAAUGGUGCGUCGGCGCUGAUGCGAAUCGUAACUGGGGACAUCGAUGGGGAGAAGCCGGAGCGAACCGUUCUCCCUGCUCAAAUAUCUACGCUGGGAGUCGGCCGUUCUCUGAACCCGAAAUAGUCGGUAAGCCUCAGAGAUCUCGUGACAUGGCAGAUUCCGAACCUCGUGAUCUACGCCAGCCUCCACUCUUACGGGCAGCUACUAUUGUCUCCGUGGGGCUACACACAAGCACGCUACACGCCGCACGGCCUGAGCAACUCAUGACCGAGGUGAAGAAAUGCUCGCCGCUCUGA